AAAAAAAAAAAAAAAUCAUUUCUUUUUUCUCCUUUUCUCUUCUCUCUCCAUCUCUGUCUUCUCUCUCUACUCACCUCUCAAACUGCUCCAAUUAUCUCAUAGAUUAAGGGAAGUUGCUUAAAAAAUGGAGUCAACGAAAGAGAGUGGCUGCCAAGCUUCGGAAGGACCAAUUCUAUGCGUAAACAACUGUGGCUUCUUCGGAAGUUCGGCUACUAUGAAUAUGUGCUCCAAGUGCCACAAGGACAUGGUAUUGAACCACCAAAACGCCAAGCUGGCAGCAACGUCUAUCGAGAACAUCGUUAAUGGCAGCACAAGUACUAUCACUCAGAAAGAUCCCAUUUUUGCCCCUGCUGUCAAUGUGGAAGCUAUGUCGGUUGAAUCGAAGAAGCCCGAUUUGAGUUCGGGACUGAAUUCAGAGACGAAAGCGAAAGCGGGGCCCACUAGGUGCAGUUCUUGCAGUAAGCGCGUGGGGCUCACGGGGUUCAGUUGUAGGUGUGGGAACAUAUUUUGCUCUGUUCACCGCUACUCUGACAAACAUGAAUGCCCGUUUGACUACAGAGCUGCUGCGCAGGAUGCUAUAGCGAAAGCAAAUCCUCUUGUUAAAGCCGACAAGCUCGAUAAGAUUUAGAGGAAAAAAGAAAAGAUGUGUGGUGGGCUUUAAAAAUGAUGAUUUUGUGUUUGUAUAUGUAAGUGCUUCUUGGUGGAAGCAGGUAAUUGUCGUAAUAGGGAUCUCGAGUGACGUUUGGGGGUGGAUUAGGGCGAGAGAUAUAGAGGGAACCGCUGUGAUUUAUUGCAUUCGUAUGACCGGGUGUCCGUCCUUUUUUCGAUUGGCUAUGGGUUCGUUUGGUUUUGGUCUACAAUGUGUGUGUAAGUUGUUAUUUGCUGGCUUGAAUGACAUUGUUGUGGUUUUUACCGUGCCUGUUCUCGUUU